ACAGAUGUGGGGUUUUCUUUAUUAACGUGUAUAAAGUAAAACAUGCUUUGCUGCCUUUUGAUGUCGAAUGUUGUCAUUCCACCAUUAUCACAUGUGAUAUCAUCUAUCUAAUUGCAGAAUUAAUUCAGAACUGACUUUUUGAGUGAACAGAGAGUCCCGAAGAACAGAAAUCCUCAUCCACCAUCUGCAGCCGGGCCAAACUCCCACUGCCGAUGAAGAUCACGCGGGGCGAUCGAAAGCUCCGUACUAGCCGAUAAAUUGAUCUUGAAAGGGAGAUUAUUUCGUCAAGGAAAUGAUCUGCUAUAUCAUCUGCUAUUGCUCCUCAGCGGUAUACAGUAAAGAAUCAGAAAUGGAAGGUGAAAAUCACAAAUAAUUAUAUAUAUUAUCAACAAAGUACAUCAAAGUUGCCAUAUUUUGGACGGCGCCUGACGUUGUCCUGAAGUUUGCGUUAAAGCGCCCCGUUCCUUUCUGUCUAAUAACAGUGACAUCUUGAGGCUGUUGUAAUCCUUCACACCUCCUCUCUGCUCCACCUCCAAAAACUGCUGCUCUGGUUUUCCGGCCUCUCUCUCACUCCCUCUCUCCCCCUCACUCCAGAGCAGAAACGCAGCAGAGCUUGAUCUGACUUGUCCUGCCUGCUGGAAGACAUUCUCUCCCCCUCUCUCCUUCUCUCUUUCUCCGGAGCUGGGUGACUUCUUUCUCACGCUGUGACAUGGCCAUUUCCAUCUCCCUGCAGUGUCUGGGCCUCGUCAUCCUCGCAGCAAUCCUCCUGCAGACCAUUACGGUUGCCAUCAGUUUCAUCUACUUCAACAAAGUCCUGAACACAAUGAAGGAGAGUUUCUCCAGGAGCAGCGUGUCCUGCCUAAUAAACGCAAAUCUGCACUCGGGGUUGGAGGAGUCGACGGCAGAGGACAGAAAGCGCAGCCCCUGCUCGCAAGUCACACAGCAGCUCCACUACCACAUAGAGAAGACAAUGGCUGGCAGGUUCCAGAAAGAGAUAUCCUCUGCAAUGAGAAAUAAGCUGACGGGAGUGCGGCCUGCCCUGAGCCCCGGGGUCCCUCUACCUAAAGUGGCUGCCCAUGUGACGGGUGUGGUCUCCCCCACAGACUCUCCCGUAGAAGAGGGCUCGCGGAGCAGCAGGGGAUACCUGGGGCAGCGUAUCAGAGCGUGGGAGGGCCAGAGAGGUCUGUCCUUCCUGCAGAACAUGGAGCUGAGGGGAGGAGAGCUGCUGGUGCCCACGGCGGGCCUCUAUUACAUCUACGCACAGACCUACUUCAGACUGCCCUCCACGGAGGAGUCGGAAGGAGAGGCAAAGGAGGAGACCGGGCUUACCAGAGAGGAGGAAGGAGCAGAGCUUGUCCAGUACAUCUACAGGAAGAUGAGUUCCUACACGGGGCCCAUCCUGCUGAUGAAAUCCUUCCGGAGUGCCUGCUGGCCUCGGGGCCAGGAGCCCGGUCUCUUCUCCCUGCACCAGGCCGGCACCGCCUACCUGCAGCCGGCCGACCGCCUCUUCAUCACAGUCAGCAACGCCAGCGCCAUGGAGAUGGACGGCAGGGCGAGCUACUUCGGGGCCUUCCUGGUGGGCUAAAAAGGGAACGGCGGCGGCGAAGGAGACAAGUGUCCAGGACUGGGACGACCUUGAUGUAGACUAUUGAGUGAAGUGAAGGCCAAACGUCUGGAAGGUUUUCCUUGACAACGUGAGCAGCUUCUGAAGAUGUGGGACUGGGGAAAGACAGACUGGUGCGAGUGUGCCUGGAGGAGCAGCGGGGGAUUUGAUCAAAAGCUGAGCUGCAGUGGCAGACUCUCCGUGGCCCAAUGUGACGAGGAAGUGGAGCCAUUUGGUGUGAAUUUACGCCAGCAGUGACCAGUUAAUUGGUAACAGCUCAGACUCUCACAGGAUAUCAAUUCUGUUUUGUUUUUUUUCAAGACUGGUCAGCUGAAUGUACUUGCACGACAGAGCAAACACAGACGACGUGGUGCAUUCAGAGCACAAGGCCUCCGGUGCAGCACAAUAGAGGCGGAUUAAAUGCUGCGCUCUCAGGUGUCGUCCCGAGGAAACGACACCGGUGUCGGCUGAACGACACCAGACUGAUCUUUUAUGAGAAAAUAGUUUAUCAACACAAAAUAAAUGCCACAGGACACCGUUAUAAGCGUUCAGUAGAAUGAAUGGAUUGUCUUUUUUCUUUCUCGCUGUGUUGAAUUUCCCCCUUGUGACAAUGUCCUGAAUGAAUGUGUGACAAUUAAUGACAAUGAUUAUGAUGUCCCGAGAAAAGCGAGUAUUAAAAUUGUUUUCUGAUACAUUUACACAAAUAUUUAUUUUCAUUGUUGGAUGAAAGAAUAAUAGUAAGGAAAAAGAAUAAACCAUUCCACAUAUUAGUCAUAAUGGCAGCGUGGCAAUAUCUCAACUACUACGUAGAUAAACUGCCAUGAAAACUAACACAGACGGCCCAGAUGAUGAAACUUUUGUAUUUUCUCGCUUUCCCUGUUGUGCCGUCAAUAUCUUGAACUUUGCCAUUUUGUGUGAAAUGUCUCUACUACAUUCAAUGUGAAAUUUCUGUGGCUUAUGACCAAAGGACAUUCAAAUACAACUGUAUUACUCAAGCUUCCUGUUCAGAUAUUUAAUUUUAAUUCACUUUUCCCAGGUUAAAAAAAGAAAAGAAGGAAUGAAUUAAGAUGUGGUUGUGGAAGUGUCAAAUUCCCCCCCACUCAAAAUAUUGAUUAAAUGGAAAAUUGUGGUUUACACAACAAAA